AUGGUACAUGGGGAAGAACUUCCGGCAGCUCCGAGCUUGAAGGGUUCGGCUUCAACGAAGGUUUGGCUCAUUGAUUUGAGCGAGGCCGCGGCCGGGCGGAUUGCACACCUCGGGCAGGCGAAGAAGUGGCCCGAAGCGCUGCACGUGCUCAAGGGCCUCACAGAGGUCGACGUUGGCCUCUUGGGCGCUUUGCUCACGGCGCUCGAGCGGGGCAGCGCCUGGGCAGCUGCACUGCAGCUGCUGGACGACUGCGCCAGGCGCCGCUGGGCAUUGGACGGAUGGGCCUACGGCGCCGCCGCCGCGGCCUGCGAGCGCAAGCACCAGCGUCGCGCCUCGGAGCGGCUCCUGUCGCAGCUCUGGUCGAAGACGAAGACGGAAGCGGACGUGCUGCUGGCCUUCAAUGGCGCGCUGCGUGGCGCAGCUUCCACCCGUCGCGGCGACGCGCUGCUGGCGCGCUUCGUGGCGCAGAGUGGGUGCCCGGACAUUGUCUCCUACAACACCCUCAUGAGCUCCUGCGAGCGCGAGCAACAGUGGACGAAGGCUCUUUGGCACCUGGCGGUCCUGCGGCGCAGAGCUUUGCAGCCGACGGUCGUUACCUUUUCCACAGCGAUCAACGCAUGCGCCAAAGGAGCGCAGUGGCCUCGAGCCUUAGGCUUGAUGAUGGGCCUGCAAAGCCAGGAAAUACAGCCCAACGCUGUGACCAUCGCUUCGUGCAUGGAUGCCUGCACCCGCGGGCGCCAGUGGCUGCUGGCUUUUCACCUCAUGGAGAGGUCCAACGCCACCAACACUGCUGUGCUGCAUGUCUUUUUGCAUAGCAUGGCUGCUGGCAGUGCCUGGGAACAGGUCCUGCAGACAUUCGCCACCUUUGAAGGCUACAGGAACGCCGAGGCCUUUUGUGCGGUCUUGGUGGCGUGUGCUUCCUCGACUCAGUGGAGGCAUGCGCUGCAUCACUGGAAGGAGAUGGGAUGUGAAGUUUAUGUCGGCCGACCGGCUUGGCACGCGGUGCAAAGCUGUUUGGCCUCAGCUGCACGCUGGCAAGAGGCGCUUCAGUUGCUUUGGACAAUGCAGGUUCCACCCGAUGUAGUCAACCACCUCACAGUGGCACGCGCGUGCAUCCAAGGCGGCCAUCCAGAUGAAGUCUUUGGGCUGCUGCCACCUUUGAGAGGCCGGGCCUUGUUGACCUUGCUAUGCCGAGAAGGCCAAUGCGACCUGGAGCUGUCAACAACGUUGGAUGAUUAA